AUGUUUUCCCAGCCCCUGUUGCUGCGUAGACCUUUCAGUGACAUUAACCCAUCUGGGCCCCAGACCUACGGUCCCAAAUGCGGGGACUUGGGCUACUCGCACUACUUAGGAAACUAUCGAAUAGGCAGUUGUUAUAUAGUCAUAGAAGUUUCCAUCAGUGUUUUUUCUCUUAUGUACAUGGUUUCCUGGUUUGAGAAAACAACAGAAUUUCUGACCAUGGCAGAUCCAGCAUCUGACACAUCCCUGACUGAUGUUAUAGAAGACUUCUUUGAUACAGCCUUGAUUAUUUCCAGGAGCAGUAGUAAAGGGAAAAUUCAGAUGUUGGAUUCCUUCAUAUUUACCUUAGGAUUUCUGGUGACAGAAAAGACUGUAAAUCAUUUCAUUCAGCAGGAGGCUUUGAAAACUUUGAACUCCAUUUUGCGUGCCGUGCCUCGGGAAGAGCGAAGACAACUGUCCUUGUUGGAAGGCCCACGUCAUCUUAUGAGAGACCUGGCAAGGACAAUCUUGACUGUGGGUGAUUAUGACCAGCAGGUUGCUCUUUCUGAAGCACUGUGUAGGCUGACCUUGAAAAAAUCAAGGGGUGAGCUUGUCCAUGAGUGGUUUGAAGAUGAUGUCAUUGCUGAAGCUUUCAAAGAAAUUAAGGAUCGAGAAUUUGAGACGGAUAGUAGACGGUUUCUCAAUUACCUAAACAACAGACUUGGAGAUGAAAGGAGGGUCUAUUCAUUUCCGUGUAUUGCUGCCUUUGCUGAUGGGCACGAGAUGAGGAAACCAGAAGAUGAAAAACUAGAGAAAUUUUGGAUAGACUUCAACCUCAGAAGUCAGAGUGUAACUUUUUAUAUAAACAACACUAAGAGUGCUCUGUGGGACUCAGUAAGACUUUUGAAGGAAGCAGUGAUUAAUUUCAGCAUAACAGAAACUGAAAAUAGGAAGAUCCUCAUUAUUUGCCUGAAGAAGCCUAUUAAUAUUGGCAACAAAGAAGUGAUGAAAAUAGAAAUCCAUUUUGAUUUGCAAUUCAACAUAUCACAAGCUUCCAUUGAAGCUUUAGGAGAAGAUAAACAGAUGUUGCCUGACCAGACAAGAAGCUCCUCAGGACUUUCUGGUAAACUUGAGAAAGAAGACCCUGACAUUCUUAGCAGCCUUGAAAGAGAGACAGACCAGAAAGAAGAAUCCACCAAGCUGGCAGAGUUAAUGAAUGCCAGAGAUGACCAUUGCCCAAUAACUCUCCCCUUAAAUGACCAGUCUGAACCUCAAACAAAUACAGCAGAUAGUUCACCUGAAAAAUUGAAACUGGAUGACCUACAACAAGUCACUUCAAAACAUGAAUAUUCUUCAGAUUUACAAGAACCGUCAGCGAAAAUUCAGGAUCCUAAGUUAAAUGACAAAUCUAGGGCAGAUUCUACUUCGCAGGGUGAGAGAAAGCAGGAAACAAGGAUGUUGUCUAAUUACAGGAAACACCUAUUCUCAGAGAGUAAUCAAGAUUCAAGUAGUAGUACCAGUGAACUAUCUUGGACCAGUCACCAAAAAAAGAAAUCCCUAAAACCAUAUUCUAGUAGAAAAAAGACAAGAAUCAGAAAGAGCCUAAGAGUUUUGCCAUUUUCCCCUCCCAGCAGUGGCAGUGACCAUGAGAAAGACCAAGCUAAACUUCUAACACCAUUAUGGAAAGAUACCUCCAGGCAGAAUAAUUCCACACCUUCAAAAAUUUCUGGAACAAAACUUCAGGGUAGUUCUGACUUUUUAACUGUGGAAGAUUCUGCCCAGAAAACAGAACCUCAAAGUCCCCACCCACCGAGCGAUCUGUCAUCCUUGGAGCAUUCAGAAGUUGAAGAAAAUAUAUCUAAGGAAAAUGUAUCGAAGGCUGUAGACCAAGAGUCCUUGAUGAAAAGUACUAGCUUCAAACAUAAACUGCAAAAUUUGGAAGACGGAGACAUAUCAGAUGGCAGUUUUGCUAAGUCAAAACAGUCAAAAUUGGAAGAAGGUGCUGCUCCAGAAUCCCUCGCCUCAGUGACAGAAGAGACAGACUUAGAAGGCAUUUCCACUCCAUCCCUAGCAGUUGUACCAGAGAAUUCGAAGAGUUCUGCUGUUAUCACAGCCCUCGAAAACUUCACUAGAGAACUGAAAAGAAAAUCCGAGCUUAGGUACAAAGGGAGUCCACUUUAUUCAGAAGAUGCAAAGCAAGCACCAGAUUGCUUAAUCCAACUUUUAAACCAGAUACAUCAAUGCAGACUGAAUAAACUAGAACAGUUUCACAGUUUUGUUCUUCAAGAGCUGAACAAUCUUGAGAAGGACAUUCAGGCUCUGAAAUACCUUGAGAAGGAUGUUCUGGAAUUUUGGGAAAAACAGUCUGAUGAUUUGAAAUCAUUCUGUGAUCUGCAAGUGCUGAGGCUUAAUCCAGAUCAGCCUUCAUGAGGAAAGCCAAAGCCCAGUGUUACUACUGCAUUCCUGGGCAGUCUGAGCCACCUGAGGACGAUAAAGCUGGCUUGGGCCACACAAUGGUGCUUUAGUGCUCUGGCUUAUUCAUUUUGCUUCACUCCAAAUGGAACCCUUGAGUUGGAAUAGAAUAGAAUAUGUUGGUAGUUUGCCAUUGUGUUAUUGUCCCUUUGUUCACAAAAGUUAACCUUCUGUAUCAAAAUUUGGUCAGAAAAUAGGAAGUUCAGAAUGUUUACCAACUUAGAGUGUUGCUUUUUUUUAAUGAUUUCAAAGUAAUAUUGAUUUUUAUUUGAGAAGGGUCCUCAAGUUUUGUGGGGGAAAGAAAAUCUUAACACCUGUGUCCAUGCUAUUUGGUAUAUCUGAGGAAGAAUUUAAUUUGUGAUAAAAAGAGUUCAGAUGAAAAAGGCAUAUUUUGAAAUAGUUACUAUUUCACUUGAUCCACAAAUAUUCUAGUUUAUUCAGCACUUUCACAAAACCGCCAGCUUGAGCAGAAGAGAUAGACUCACAUGGUAAUUACUAAAUGCUCUAAUAAAGUCUGAGUGCAUGAAAUUUGCAUGUACAGUUGAGUGGAUUUACUUUGGAAAAAUAAAAUCUAAUUUGAGGCCAUUUACAAAGUAACCGUUCACAAACUGGAUAAGCACAAAGACUGC